AUGUACCCCGAACCUCCUAUCAGAAUCAGAGAGCCAAAGAGAAAGCAGGGAAGUGCCAAGAAGACGGCGAGAUCCCAUAAUUUACACCCGACCUCCGACAAGAAAUACCGUAGAGGAAAAUUGAAAAGACAGCAGAGAAAGACCAUAGAGAAGGCGACAACCCGUAAUUAUGGGGGCAACCCCUUUUCACCAUUCGAUCCUCGAGGUCCGGCUACGAAGCACUUUGAUAAGCCAACGGACAUGAGGUAUGAUGGGACCCAAGACCCCCAAGAACAUCUAACGGCCUUCGAGGCCAGGAUGAAUUUGGAAGGGGUGGGUGAUGAAGUGAGGUGCCGCGCCUUCCCUGUGACCCUAGCGGGGCCGGCAAUCCACUGUUUCAACGCUCUCCCCCAAGGCUCGGUGACAACCUUUGCGGACAUAACCCGCGCCUUCCUGGCCCAGUUUACCACGUAUAUCGCUAAAGCUAAGCACCCCAUCAACUUGCUAGGAGUGAUGCAGAGGAGUGGGGAACCGACCAGGAAGUACCUGGACAGGUUCAAUGAUGAAUGCUUGGAAAUUGACGGCCUAAACGACUUGGUGGCCAGUUUAUGCUUGACGAACGGGCUACAGAACGAGAAUUUCAGGAAGCACCUCACCACCAAGCCCAUGUGGACGAUGCAAGAAAUCCAAAAUGUGGCUAGGGAGUAUAUCAAUGAUGAAGAGGUUAGCCAAGUCAUGGCAGCCAACAAGCGGCAGCCCGCCUACAACUCUGGUCGUCAUCCCGGUAACGGGGAAAGGGCUAAGGAGCACUCCAAGGACGGAGGGCUAGCUAAAGCUUUAAAGCCAUUCCCUCGGGUAGGGAAGUUUAAAAACUACACUACCUUGACAGUCCCGAUCGUCGAGGUUUACCAGCAAAUAGCCGACAAGGGCAUCCUAUCGAAGCCCAGACAACUCAAGGAUAGAACUGGGGGGAACAAAAACCUCUAUUGCGACUACCACAAGGGGUUCAGCCACAAGACCCAAGAUUAUUUCGAUUUGAAGGAUGCUCUGGAGCAGGCGAUUCGGGAAGGUAAGCUGGCAGAGUUCUCUCACCUCAUAAGAGAACGCAGGAGGAGGGAUCGCGACCGAUCUAGCGAUGACAGGAGUCGCGCCGUGAAGCCAAGGCAAGACCCCGAGGAGAACAAUGAGCGCGGCCUCACCAUUGUGAAUGUUGUAGUCGGAAGAGAUGUUGCUCCGAGGUCGAAGUCGACAUGCAGGAAGGAUGCCAAAGUCAUGGCUGUGUCAUCGUCUAGUCCUACGCCCUCCUCCAGGAGAGUCCCGUUAAUAUUGUUUGGACCAGAGGACCAGUGGUUUGACGACUUACCGGAGAGCCCUCCUAUGGUGAUUACAGCAAGGGUGGGAACUGGUCUGGUCAGGCGAAUCUUCGUAGACACCGGAGCCAACUCGAACAUCAUGUUUCGUAACGUCUUUGACGCUCUGGGCCUCUGA